UCAGCAAAGGAGUAAAGCAUAAAUAAAUAAAUAAAUCAAAUAACUUGAACAGAGCGUGUGUGUGAGAGUGUAUCAAUGGAGAAGAGAAAAAAUCAAGCUUCUUUACCUUCCAACUAUGUCACUCUCGCUCAACUCCAAGAGCGAUGGCUCAAGCAACAAGCCCAAACCAACCAAGAAGAAGAGAAACCGCUACCUCCAAACCAGAACCAGAACCACCAUAAGGUAGUAGUCGCUUCCACUAGCGGAACCGCUUCUAGGUCUCUUCCUCAGAAGCACUGUGUCGUCAAGACUCGGAACGAUUCCGCUACUCACCGCAACUCGGAGUCUGCCGCCGGAAACGCAACCGUCGAACUCGACGGAAAAGUCAGCGAAUCGAAGAAAAAGAAGAAGAAUCGGAAAGUGAAGCCGGAAGCUAAGACGGAGGAGGGAGGAGCGAGUGGAGAAGGUUCCGCUGCAGCGCAGGGGAACAAAGAGGCGGAGAAAGCCACAAUCCAGAGCGAGUUGAAUGAGAACAAAGGUGGUUCGGAGGUUGAACAGAGAGUUAGGGUUUUAUCGGUGAACUCAAGAAACGCUAAGCGUAACGGAGGAUUAGGAAAAACGAACAACGGUGAUAUGGCCACAACGGAGGAGGUUCAAGUUCAACAGAGAGUUAGGGUUUUACCGGUGAGCUCGGGAAACGGUAAACAGAACAGAGGAUUAGGAAAAUCGAACAACGGUGGUUCGGCAACAAUGGAGGAGGUUCAACAGAAAGUUAGGGUUUCACCUUUGAACUCAGGAAAUGGUAAAGAUAACGGAGGAUCGGGAAAAACGAAGAACGGUGAUUCGGCAACAACGAAGGAGGUUGAACAGAGAGUUAGGAUUUUACCUAUGAAGUCAGAAAACGGUAAACAGAACGGAGAAUUGGGAAAAAGGAACAACCGUUUUGGCCACUCACAAUAUCAGAGGAAGUAUAACAGUAGAGGGAAUCUUGGCUAUCGUAACGGAAGCGGUUACUGCCAACACUCUAAGGUUGUGGCGCAGAAUACAGAGAAGAUGGUUUGGGUGCGGAAAACACUAUAAGGAUGAGAUUGUUGGUGAAAAUUGAGACCUAGCUUUGUGCUCUUGUCAAUCGUUCAAGUUUGUGUCAUUAUUGAAUCAUAUCAUAUUAUAAUAUCUGAUGCAUAUCGUAAAUACCUUUUGGCUAACCCAUACUUAAAUUUAGAGGUUGUAAUUUCUGGUAACGAAGAACUGUUAUGUUCUAUUAGCAAAUAUCAUUCUGAUUUGCGUAUAAAAUCCGCAUCAUGAUUCGCAACUUGGUUUGGUGUGCUUUGUGUCA